UCUAAAUUUCCAGGAGUACAUCCUAAUAGAAACAACAAAUAGUUGAAUAUAAAUAUGAUGCAUCAAUACUUGACAAUUAAGCAUUUGAAAUGGAAUCCUGUUGUGUUUCAAAAUGAUCUAUUUCGUAACAGACAAUGAGUAUACUCACUGGUAGCGUACAGUACUCAUUAACAUACACUUCAGUAUGUAACGGUCCCAAUGAGCCUACUCAUUGUCUGUUUCCUAAAUAAAUCAACCUUACUCACCACUCGUAUCUUGAUAAUUUUCA